AUGCGCGCCUCCGUCUUCCUCCUCGGCUUCCUCGCCAGCCUUUCCUACGCAAUGCCCAAGGCCGCUGAGACAUGCCGCGAGCCCACCUCCUCUUGCAGCAAGAUCGCAACCUGGGGCCAGCCCAUGGCUUGCUGCUAUCCCCUCGAGUGCGUGACUCAGGGAAACAACACCAUCGGAGUCUGUCCUCACCAGAACUAA